UGAACAGGCUGCAAAGGAGGAAGACAAAGAACAGGUGGACACUGUAUCCACCUCCAAAACAAGAUGGCAGGAGUAUGGACUUGAGGUGAAAUAUCAAAUGCCGAAUAAAGGGGAAGCUGACUAAAGCCAGACGUGCUGGGAUUUAUCGGAACUGGCUUUGCAGAACACCGUUUAAUGACUGCAGUUCUCGAGGCCUUUCGAGAGCGCUGCUCUUGUCAGCAUGAGGAUGAGCGGCUGUGUUGGAGUGUCUUCUUAAGCAUCAGGAAGUCAAGGAGUCAUGAAUACGCUACACUUGCAGCAGCUAAUGAUGACUCCAGUCUUUCCCCCAGCCAGGAAGCCAGCACCGCAGCCUCGGCAGCAUGGACUAUUACACGCCUCAGCCUUCGCGUCGUCACAACCCCGUGGACAGCAUCUGCCGCAAACUGCAGACCAUCCAGUGGCGCGGUGACCGGGAACCCAACUCGCCCUUCCAGAUUCCCAAGCUCUCCUCCAACAGCUACGACAGCCCCCAGUGUGGCCUCAGGCACAACCUGGAAGCCAUCCUGAAGAAAGGGGCCCUCCACAGAGACGAGGGGGAGAGGGUGAAGGACAAGGACAAGGGAAGAGGGAUGGGGAUGCCAAGCUCUGCGGCUUCCCAUAAGAACAGUGUAGGUCCCUCCACCCCUGUGUACAGCCCAUCCACCCCUGCACGCAACCCGUCCACGCCAGCUAAUGUCACAUAUACUAUCACCAGCACCUUGGGAGAAAGAAGAGUUGCCGAUGGAAGCGAUUUAAGACAGGUUAGGACAUGGCAGAGGUAUUGCUCGACACCCACGGGCCAGCCCAAGGACUCCCCUUACUUCACAUUCACGCGGGGACCUCAGUCGGAGCAGCUCGAGAGCGAGAGGCCGAGCAGGAGUCCGCCCUUGUCCCGCACCUUCACUCCAAGUCAAAGCACGUUCUCCUGCAACCUCAACUUCUGUUCUACGGACGCAACAAACUUGACUGAGAGUGAGAAGACCUACCCAGCUCUGGUUGUGAAGAGACUGUCCAUGGGAGAUGGAGGACCCUUGAUUGCCUCUGAAAACAGGAAGGAGAAUAUGGCAGAAAUAAGUCUCAUUUGCGAAGAGAAUCUCCUGGAUACUAUCUUCCAUGCUUGUGACACCCAGCGCAGAGGUAAAGUGUACGUGUCUCACAUAGUCGACUACCUGAGACACACCACCAGCCGCAGCACAGAAGACAGCGGGCUGGAGGAACUUUGCAACAUGCUGGACCCAGAGCACAAAGACGUCUCUAUAGAUCUGGACACCUACCACGCCGUCAUGAGGGAGUGGAUUGAUGACUGCCGCAACAACAGGGUCGACCAAACAGAUGACAUCACGCAGGACUCAGUAAAACUCAGAGACAGCCUGUCUGCCAAGAGGUCCAUGCUGCUCAAUAUGACCUCUGGGAGCUUGGAGGCUUUUGGAGGGGAGGCAUCCAGAGCAGAAUUUGAAACAUCAGAGCUGGUAAACUGUGUUGCUGACCUCCAGAUGAGCAACCAAAAGCUCCAGGAGGAAGUGAAAAAGCUGAAGCAGGUGGUGGAGAGCAUGGAGGAGAGCAACCAGAAGCUCGCAGAGGAGAACGAGGAGCUACGCAAUCAGGCCAAAGCUCAUCAGCAGCUGGCACAGAAGGAGAAGAUUCUGGAGGAGGAGGUGGAAGAGAUGAAGGCCACUCUGAGUUGUACGGAGGAGGGUAGAGCUCGUGCCUCCGCACACAGCAAACAUGUGGAGAGAGAAAACCAGGGUCUCAUCUCCAAAAUCGCUUCGCUUCAGGAAGAGAACUUCAAAGUCACCAUGGAGACAGACGAGCUCCAGAGGAGAAUAACGGAGCUGUAUGACAUUAACACUGACCUUCAGGUGCAAAUUCAGUCUUUUGAUGCGGUCACUAGUGAAAAGGAAGCUGUGAUACUAGAGAAGAGCAGACAGAUAGAAGAGCUCAAGGCAGCGGUGGAGGAAUACUCUUCCAUCACAGAGCUGCUGAGGGUGGACAAGACCAAGCUAGAGAACCAGAUGCAGAUGAUUCUUCCGGACCUGGCUGGGGCUAGUGUCUCUUUGUCGGUGGCUUACAGGUUGAAUCAGAGCAACUCAGGAUCUCUACAAACAGAACUGGCUCUGGCGCAGUCGCCACUGGAGGCACCUCAUGGAGCUGAACAUUUGCCCACUAACACCAGCAUUGCCUCCUCGCUGGAUGAGACGCUGGACAGAGAGGUGCUGCUGUUGCUGCAGGGAUUCAGCUCUGAACACGUGGCUCUGGAGUUCAAGAGCCUCUUAAACAAACUGAAAAGGGAUUUCAGAGAAGAAGUGGCCUCUGUCUUACACACAGUUAGAGGCUUGUUGGAUGACCAUACGCAGCUUGGGGGCAACACUGAACCCAGUCUUCAGAAAGUGCAGGUCGAGCUGGACACUCGGAGGGCAGACUGGGUCCUCAGCCUGGACCAGCUGGCCCAGUACGCAGACUCACUAGAAAAGGAGCUGGUCAAAAUGGCCAGUAACAUGAGGAGGUCUCGCACGGAGAUCCUCCACCUUUCAGUCAGGGUGCAGGAGCAGGAGAACCAGAAGCGGCAGCUGUGCGACGAACUUGAGCAACUGAAGACACCUCAGGACAGCAGAGAGGCCUCAUGUCAGACGCCUGCACCGGAUGAGGAGCCUGGUGAUGACUUGGACUGGGAUGAGGAGUUUGCUCUCCAAGACUUCCUGAAGAACGAGCUCGCAGAGAGGAGUUGUCGGACUCAGGACGGGCAAAGAGACGGCAGACUUGAAGAAACGCCAGAAAAAUUAACAGACAGAGGGGAGGAAGAGGACGGGGAGGAGAGGUGGAUGGUGGUGGACACAGCAGGAGAUGGAGAAGUGAGGGAUGUGUCUACUCCUAUGUCUGAACUCUCUGUUGUGGCCCAGGCUGUUCUGGGACCAGUGGGAGAUGUUCAAGGCUCUGCAGCUGGCACUGAGUCAGAGCAGGAGGUGAAUUGUCAACCUUUCCAGGAAGAGGCAGCGGUACCACUGAGCGCCCACGUACAAGCUGCCAGCGUUAGACACCCAGAGGCGGAUGCUUUCCCUGAUCUGUCCCACUCAGAGAACAGUGCAAAGGUUUUUGACGCUGCAGAGUCUAACUGUUGUGAUCCUGCUCAAACCCUGAGCGACCAGCCUGAACUGGACCAAACCAAUACCCCUCCCACAUCAACUGAUAUGGUUUCUCCCAGCUUCACAUCACGUGGACCUGAUGAAACCCCCAUGACCCACAGUGAGAGCACCCAGCCGACCAGUGAGGACCACAGCGGAGAAGAAGAGAAAGAAGUUGAGGCGGACUCGGCUACAGGAGACAUGAGUCGUACUAAGAGGCAGAGCCAGGACCAGUUGGCAGACAGAGCAGCAGCUGAGGACAGCACAAGCCUGUUACCCGUGCUGGUGGAAGAAGAGGAAAGCGUGCAGGACAGUGUAACUGAGGCUCCAGCUGUUCCAGUCGGCAUGGCAGGAACAGACCGGCAGGCCAGCAGCGCGCCUACCACCUUCUCUAACAGCAGCUCUCCUCAGUCGGGGUCGUCCUUCACGCACGCGAACCAAUCAAGGAGCAGCAUGGGCAGCGUGACCUCUGACCCCGGCCAUUCCAAGGAGAUCUCCAACAGCAUGGGGGCCCUUGAGGAGCGCAAGUUUCGCGAGGACCCAAGGGAGACCAGCGUGGCAAAUGAGAAGGAGUCUGAGACAUCGGUAAACUCCGACAUUCAAGACAACCUUAAAGAGGACAAGAACAGCCUGUUACCAAGCGACAAGGAGAUUGAGGCAGAAUUCCAACGUCUGGCACUGGGGUUCAAGUGCGACAUGUUCACCCUGGAAAAGAGGCUCCGGCUGGAGGAGAGGUCACGUGAUCUGGCUGAAGAGAACGUCCGCAGGGAAGUGUCCAGCUGCAAGGGAUUACUGCAGGCUCUGACCCCACUGUGUGAGGAUGACAAUCAGUCCAUGGAGAUCAUCCAGAGGCUCCAGAAAAACUUGGAUAUCCUCAUCCAGUCCAUGACCAGGGUGUCCAGUCGCUCCGAGAUGCUAGGAGCUAUUCACCAGGAAAGUCGAAUUGGUAAAGCCGUGGAGGUGAUGAUCCAGCACGUUGAGAACCUGAGGAGGAUGUACACCAAGGAGCACGCUGAGCUACUGGAGCUGAGAGAGACACUUAUGCAGAACGAGAGGUCGUUUGGAUCACAAACAGAACGAGAUGACUUCCGUGGUAAAAAGCAAUCAUCCUCACAAUACUACAAGGCAUCAGCCCGGCGGGUCAGCAUAGCAGGCAUCCCUCGAUCUGGUGCAGGCAACAUGCACUUUGACAUGCCCAAAGCACUAGAUGGCUCAGAGGCUGAAAUGGAGAGACUGACCAGGCGAUCCCCAUGGAAUGUGCCUGGAAAGAGCAUGGCGCGUCCCCCGCUAAAACGCUUUGACACUGAAGAGCCCUCUCUCUUGAUGAAGGGGACGGCCUACAGCAGCACCACAGACUGCCAGUGGGAGGACGAGCAAAGGGAGACGACAGUGUCAAGGAGGAGGUCUAGUCUCAGUGAGCUGGGCAACAAACUCACCUCCUUCAUUCUGCCCCUUAAGACGAGUCAGGAUGAGCUGUUUGUAAUGCUGCCAAGCCCUUCACCCAGCCCCACGUCUGUAGAUCCAGGUGCAGCUCAGUCUCUGUCCCUGUCCCAGAGCCUGACGAGCUCACGGGCGGCAGCAGCAGCAGUAGCCAGAGGAAGCAGAGGACUCUGGCUUUGGUUGGCCAUGGUGGUGGUACUAGCAGGUCUCCUGGCGUUGCUGGCCAGCCUGGUGAUGCAGCCAGCAGCAGAUGCAGCUCCCGUGGGGACUGGGGACUCCUGGACGACCAUCCAGCAGCUGCUGUGGCCCUACACAGGACUCCGGCACAACGGACAGCCCCCCGUCUAGCUUCCAGCGCUGGAGGUGGAUGGUGCUAACCACCCAUCGGCCCUCCGCAGAGAAUUUCCUGUGCCCUGGGGCGGUGAUGAAGAGGAACACUGCUACUACUCCUGAGUGGAGGCUGUUGGGAUGUUUACUCGUGCCUGAAGAUCCCUAAACCAAGACUUGCACAGGCCGGACCUGAGGGGAUAGUUAACCCUUAGGAGGAUGUGUAUGCAUCACGUCACGUUUGUUAAAUGAGUUAAUCGGUGUGUGUAUGCAUGUGUCUACAAGAGGAAGCAGUUACAGGUGUUGGCAGCCUUUGGGCUGCUCAAUAUCCUUGACAGUUUAAUUAGUGCUGCUGAUUAUGUCGGACCCAACGCAGUCUCUCAUAUCAGCCCUCAGAGCUGGCGCAACAUUGACUCAUCAUGUCACAGCUAUCUAGUAAUCAUAGUCCUGGUAGGUCCCUCAGUAGUCCACCCAAACUGUGCCACAUAGCUUUUCAAAUGCAUUUCAUGUAUCUGAUCAUACAGGGAAGACUGUCAGCCUUUUUAAAUGACAUUUUACAUUCAUUUCCUCAUUGGUUGCAGAGGACAUUUUAUAACUUUUAAGUCUGUUAACACUGGUAAUAAAACUUUUAUUUGAAGUGUUUUAAAGUGUUUAUAAAAAUCUAUAUUUAUGAGUUUGUUAGAUUUGAGUUGGAAGAUGUGAAUAUCUGUUUAGUUUUUGUUAAGUUAUAAUUCUGCAUUGUUACAGUCCUAACACCAAAGUUUUUUCUUCUCUUCGUUCUUGCCGUGGUUGUCACCGUUUUCAACUUCAUACACUUUUGUAUGUUCCAAAGAAGAUGCGUGGAUAUUUGCACAAAUAAAGUAGCCAAUUCUAAUUGA